UUUUUCAGGAAAAUUUUUUCUCUGGUAGGUUUUAUUUGAAUGUUUGUUUUGAAGUAACAAUUGUUUCUCGUUCAAAUUGGUUUGAAUAAAUAAAUCAUAUUUUAUUUCAUCAGCUUGCAGUAUUGCUAUUUUUUCUGAUAAAACACAGCAUUUCCGGAUCCAACCAUGGUUAAAUUGAAAGUUCUAAGAAAUGAGGAAGAAGGCCAUUGUGUGACUCUUGAAAUGUUGGAUGAGGAUCACACUUUAGGAAACUCUCUACGUUACAUCAUCAUGAAAAACCAAUGUGUUAAAUUUUGUGGAUACUCAAUUCCUCAUCCAACAGAGCGACGAGUAAUCAUGCAAAUACAAACAUAUCCAAGCAAGGGGGUAACAGGAUUACAAGUCUUCGAGCAAGGGCUUCAAGAUCUGCUCUCUAUUUGUCAAGUGGUCAAACAUAAGUUUAGUAGCGCACUGAGUGAACAUUCUGCUGAACUUGAGUCUUGAUGUUCCGAUCUUCGGUGAAAACUCGAGAAAUUGAAAUGGUCAUUAUUCUGGUCUUUCAAUGGUCUUUUGAACCAUGAGGUUACAUUCAACUUGUUAUAUCGUUUAUAAAUUGAGAUUUUGACUCGUCAUUCGGUGUGUCUCUCGGAAUUGAUCCAGGAUUCAUCGACAAAUUUUAUUUAAAUUUGAUCUAAAGCUUCUAAACCAAUUAAAUUAAGACCUUUUUGCAA